AGAUAGACAGAUUCAAGAUGGCAGCCUCCAUUGCUUCUUUUGCUUUAUUAUGCUAACGUAACUUCUGUUAUAAUAUUCUGUUAUAUAAUAUAUAUAUACAUCUCACCAUCUCACAUUCACUGUGUACAGGUCUUGGUUGUCGCGCCCUCGGUUCCAAUGAUGCCUAUACUGAAUACAUUGACACGAAAAGUUGUGGAAGAAGCAUUGGAUAAAUUAGUGACUUUUCUACCACCCUUGCUGCCAAUAGCAAAUGUCCAGUUUGUGGACUUUAUAGUCAACGAUAUCUGGAGCAAGUUCACAGACACUCAGCUACAGGCUGAGCUGUUGUCACUAACGGAUGAUGAGCUCACCGUUUUACCCAAUGGAACAAUUGAUGGUACACAGUAUCCACAGUUACAUAAGUGGUGCUCAAGGGCCCGCAGUCACACACUAGAACACCUUGUUAUUUGCCCAACAGCUGAUGAGUUCCUGCAGGAAUUUGGCAACAAGACGUCAAAUACCAGGUAUCGUAUAAACAACUUCAUGUCAGCGAAAAAGAUGCAUGAAGUGGAGAUUAUGUCAGAAGUGAUUGCCGUGCUUGCAACAGAACUUCAGACACCUAAGAUAAUUGAUGUUGGUAGUGGAAAGGGCUAUCUAGGCUCUUAUCUUCAUCUUAUGCAUGGGUUGGAUGUGGUUGGACUAGAUUCGAGAGAUGUUAACACUAAUAGCGCAUUGAGACGAGCAGGGAAACUGAAAAAGCACUGGCAUCACAUAAUAGGAAUUAAGAGAAACCCAGAGCAACAACAGAUGGCAGAAAAGUGCCAGGUGAAGUGGAAAAAUAACAACACUAAAGGAGGAGGAGGUGGAGUAGAGACAACACUCACUCCAGGUGAGGACAAUACAGAUCCUGGUUUAUAUGUAGAGGAGCAUGCACCUAAUCCUCGCCACAGUAGUGUGAGACAGUGCAGAAGGUCAAAUAGCUCGGAUAAUGCAAACGCAUUGCUUACAGAGAAUGAAGCAGUUUGCAAAGCUAAAACUGAAAAAGAUGAAAAUGGAUUUUGGCAGUGUUCUAGUCCUGACAUAAAAGACAAACCACAGAACAUAGAUAACACUGUGCUGAGGGCUUCUGUAGCAACGAAAGCUACGAGGGAAACAACACCCAGCGCACCGGCUAAUGUUCCUGCUGACACCGCAGCAACAACAGUCAUGGAAAUGAGUGAAAGUUCUGUUGCUGCUUACACGCCAGUUACGAUGCACGUCAGCAAUGAAACGUCCCUCGCGAACGUGCUUUCAACGGAGACAGAGACGGGCGGCUACGCGGGACGACUUCUCCUCUGCGGCCUGCACACGUGCGGGCCCCUCGCCGCGACGAGCGUGCGCAAGUUCGCGGACGACUCCUCCGUGCACGCAAUCUGCAACGUCGGCUGCUGCUACCAUCUACUAACGGACGAGUUUGCGAGCGAGCGCGUCGUUGGCACGGCGACCGAGCGCGGCGUUGCCACGGCGGACGCCGAGCCGACGUUUCCGAUGAGCGACUUUCUGCGGCGGCGACGCUUCGUGAUUGGUCGCAACGGCCGCAUGCUGGCAGCGCAGGCGGUCGAACGACUCAGCGCGGGGCGCGCGAUGCCCAGCCCGUCGCUGUUCUACCGCGCCGCCAUCGAGGUGAUCGCCAACGAGCGUGGCGGAGCGCGGAGUGACCGCCCGCUCGGCCGCCUCUACAGUAAAUUCCCCGCCUUCCCGGAGUACGUGCGGGCCGCCGUGCGCAAGAUGGAGUUACCCGGUGCGGAACCCAGCGACGACGAAUGCGACGCGUACUGGCGACGCUUCACAGAACACCGGCGCCGCCUGGAGGCGUUCUUCCAGUAUCGCGUGGUGUUGGCGCCCGUCGUCGAGGCGACGGUGCUGCUGGAUCGUGUUUGUUACCUGCUGGAACAGCGGCACGUGGGCGCCGUCAGACUGGUGCGCCUGUUUGAGCAGACGAUCUCACCACGAUGUUACGCCAUUAUAGCUGAGCGUCGACAGAGUUGAUGGCACACAAUUCAUCACUCACUUAUAAAAUAACAUAUUAAUAAUACUUUUACUUAUUAAUAAUAUAUAAUAAUGGUAUAAUAUUAAUAUCAUUAUUAUAAGUAGAUAUGGUCGUCACUUACUUGGAUAAGAGGGAUUUGCUGACGUUAGAGAUAUUGACUAGUUAGUAGUCUAUAAUUUAGCCUUUUGAAUUUUGAAACGUGAUUGGUUUAAUUUAUUACGUGCCUUUAGUUUUCCUCCGGUCACUUUUUAGAUCUGUUUGGCUUAAAUUUCACGUUUUUACAGAUAUGUGAAUUUGUUGCUUUUAGUGAAAAUCGACGUUGUUUUGCCAAUAUAAUCAGAGUAUGUGAGCAAUA